AUGACGAAGAUUUUAAAUAAGUUUAAAAAGGAUAAUGCGCCUAUAGAUUUUGAUAUUCCAGAUGUAUUAGUAACACCACCUGAAGAUGAUAAUGAUAGUAAUUCUGCAGAGUUAUCCGGUCCAUUUGUAGCACAUAGGUCAUCGAUUAAUAGUGAAUCAUCAAGUGUCUUUGAUCAAGAACAAGAUGAUGACUUUCAAGUACGUGUUGAUCUUAUUAGACAUCAAUCAAAGUAUCAAACUUUUGAAGAUUUACCGAGUGAUGAUGAAGAUAAUGAUGAUAGUUUAGUCGAUUUAUUACAACAAGCUCCUAUACCUGCAACUAGCGUAUCAGAUCGAGGUGUAUCACCUCGUUCAUCAAAAAUAAAGUUGAGGAUAGAUACAUCAAUUUCAGAAGAAGAAGAAAGUAACGCGAAUAAUAAUAUUUUAACGGCCUCAACAUCAUCUUCAUUUAGUCCUGAUACCCCAACUCAUGCCGUACAAUUACCUAGCUCACAAUCAAAGAAGAACAGUCUAAGUAGCCCGAAGAAGAGCCUAAGGAAGCGAAUUUCAACGCAUUUUCAAUCACAAUCUUCACAAAAGCCGCAUAGAAUUAGCGUAACGAAUAUAAGCGCGCCUUCACCAAAGUUACCUCCUAUUGCUCAUAUACAUGAAAAGGAAAACCGGGAUAACCCCCACGUUAUUAUAGAUCAAGUGAAAAUAAGAGCUAAACAACUCGAAUCACUUGGAUUUGAUAGGAAAGUUUUUGAUAGUGAUGCUAUUAUACAUGCAUUAGGACACGGCGAGAGUCAUAAUCAAGAUGAGAUUGUCGGAAUUGCGACGUAG